AUGGCCGCCACCCCUGCUGACGUCAUAGAGUACCCCAAUGCCUACGCCUUCGUGGUCGACAUGCCCGGCCUGAAAUCCGGCGACAUCAAGGUACAAGUCGAGGAGGACAAUGUACUCCUCAUCUCCGGCGAGCGCAAGCGGGAGGAAGAAAAGGAAGGCGCCAAGUACGUGCGGAUGGAACGGAGGAUUGGGAAGUUCAUGAGGAAAUUUGUCCUGCCGGAAAAUGCUGACAUGGAGAAGAUAUCGGCUGUUUGCCGGGAUGGUGUGCUGACGGUGACGGUGGAGAAGCUGCCGCCGCCGGAGCCGAAGAAGCCAAAGACUAUUGAGGUCAAGAUUGCUUGA